AUGUCCUCAAAUCCAGACGUCUCUGCCCUGCUGGGCGAGAUCCUCUCCGGUCUGAAGGCGCUGCAGCAGGAUAACGCCUCGCUGUCGUCCCAGGUGGAUGCCAUCAACGGCCGUGUCAACAUGCUCGCGGGAAUCAAGCAGGUCCAGGACACGGCGGCGCACAGCCACGCCUCCGCUCCCGUGCAGGACGAUACCAAGCCGUCCGAAAGCGUGAAAGCCGUUAGUGAGCAGUAUGAGCCUGAGGCGGCCCCGCGCCGGUCCAGCACCUCGCUCAACAAGAUCAUCUUGACCUCCUAUCCCGGCCAGGCGGGCGUCGAUCCCAUCCCAAUGCACUGGGGUCACGUCGACCCGGCAGUGCGUGGGCCUGUCGUUGUUUCUCGCCAUUCCAACACUAUAAGAAGGAGGAACGCAAUCGGCGCCCACGGCGGCUCGUACUCUAUCUAUCAUGCUCUGGCUGUCGCCAGCAAGAACCUGGAUAUCAACCACAAGCCUGAUUUCACCAACACCGAGCCCGCCGCCGACAUUGGGCCGUUCCCGCAAUGGAGCGACCCGAAGAAGAUCGUGUCAAUGGAUCCGCUUGGCCAUUUGGCGCCAUGGCUUUACAAGGACUACAUUGACAAGGAUGGCGUCGAAAUCCGGCCGACGAUCGCGGUGACGAAGGCGCACAUGAAGCUGCCGGAGCUCGAGGAGAGCGUCAAGAAGGGCCGUCUCGUGCCGGACGGCAAGAUCUGCCUGAACGAGACGGGUGAAUUGGCUGUGACUAAGUUCGCGGUCGAGCCCGUCUGGUACCUGCCCGGCGUCGCUGAGCGAUUUGGAAUCGACGAGGGAACGCUCCGCAGGACGUUGUUCGAGGAGACGGGCGGCUCGUACCCGGAGCUCAUCACCAGAGGAGACAUCAAACUGUUCAUGCCGCCGAUUGGUGGCUUGACGGUCUAUGUCUUCGGUGAUCCAGCCAAGAUGUCCGACCCGAACGUGCGCCUGGCCCUCCGCGUGCAUGACGAAUGCAACGGCAGCGACGUGUUUGGGUCUGACAUCUGCACCUGUCGGCCCUACCUGAUCUUUGGCAUCGAGGAAGCUGUGAAGGAGGCGCAGAAGGGCGGCAGCGGCGUCGUCAUUUACUUCCGCAAGGAAGGCCGUGCGCUGGGUGAAGUCACAAAGUACCUUGUUUACAACGCACGCAAACGUGGCACCGAUCGCGCGAGCGAAUACUUCCAGCGAACCGAGAACAUCGCAGGCGUGAAGGACAUGCGUUUUCAGGCGCUGAUGCCGGAUAUUCUACACUGGCUCGGCAUCACCAAAAUCGACAGGAUGCUCAGCAUGUCCAACAUGAAGCAUGACGCUAUCGUGGAGCAGGGGAUCCCGAUACACGAACGGGUACCGAUCCCCGACGAGAUGAUUCCGGAGGACAGCCGGGUGGAGAUUGACGCGAAGAUCCAUGCGGGCUAUUUCACGACAGGAAAGGUGCUCAGCCUGGACGAGCUGGCCAGCGUGCAGGGCCGUGCAUGGGAUGACGUUGAUCAUUAA